ACGUCUGUACGGUCUUCAAGCACAGAUUCAUCGUCAACCUCAAUUUCACAGAGCAGGACAAAAAGGGUCCCGACAGGGAAGUGCUCAAAGACGUCUAGGAGAAUCCAUAAGUGCGAUAUGACCAAUCGUUCAAAUAAGGAGAAUGACUCGCCUGUUCAGUAUUCUGAUGACGAACAGAUAGGCUCCGUCGGCACUGGUGCACGGACUAGCAGACCGCACGUAAGAGAGACUCAGUCUGUCAUCUGGGACAUAGAACUCCAAGGGCAUAGCCUCGGUUCCAGUCAAGCUUCUGCUCAAGCGUCUCAGAGUCAGCGAGACGGAACUAUGGUCUUGGAUACGAGAGGCUUGUCUUGGAACAUGAAGCGGGAUGCGUCGAUGGACAAUAUGAAGUCAAAGAGCGUGGUAACAUCGCACGUCGGAGAAGAGCAGCCGAUUGGACCCCGUCAAGACGUCACUAGCGAUCGGCUGUCCCAUGUAUCUCUCGGUCCUUCGCAAUCAGCCUCGCAAACGGGAAAUCACACUUUUCCGAUGCUUACUGCCUCUAGAUUCUUCCCUCCUGUUCCGGAGUCUGUGCAAGGGCAUACUAUUGGCAGCGACCACAUUGGCGCCGUCUUCCAAGCUGCACACGUUGAAGCAGACUGCCCGCUGGAUCAGUCAAAGCCACCAUCCAAGACUCCUUCAUCCCGUCAACCGGCACGAGUGUUGAAGGACAACUUGUCAGAGCAUCCAAAUCCGGCGCAAGGCCAACUGGAAGGCCGUGCCGUGGCUCACAGCCCACCGUCGGCUGAUUCGUUCGUUAGUCUGGAAUGCGAAUUGCGUGCGUUAGACGGCGAAGAGUAUGUACAGGACUGUGCCACUCAGCCGAUGGACUCUCUCGCAAGCUUGCUGGACCUUGGCGAUCCUAUGGCUGGGAAUCCGGAAGUCGACGUUCUUGGCUACUACGGGGAUAUUCCCGAUGCUGGGGACCUUGCUGUGCUUGCACUCUCAGUUGGAAACAGCUUAUCGGAAGGACCAUACGUAGACUUGCAGCCUGGGGAUUAUGAUGACGGAGGCGAUGGAUUCUAUGAAUCGCCAGAACCACAGGAGGAUGCUCAAACAUACCACGAAGGAAGUUGGCGAGAGGCUUGGAACGAAGAAAUGCCCGACUUUGAAAACGCUCGUGUGGGAUCUAACGUGGUCCUCGCCAGCUUGCAUGGUCAUAUCGGUACCCUGGACAUGGAGGUGCAAGCAUCAACAUUUUCACAUCGUAUUGGAUGUGAGAGCAUUGGUCCUGAUGCGGACGGAUACUGCGCAAACAUCCAGGUCGACGAGACUUCCGCGAUGCCCGACGACGAUCUAGCUUUCAAUGUGACAUCCGCUGUUGUACCGCCAUGCUCCUCACAGGACCAAUACCUACCGGGUGGUCAAAUUAUGUCCUCGUCAUAUGUCUCCCCGAUUGACGAAUCUACCUCGCAAUUGCCGUUGUUCUCUCAAGGCCGUGCACUCCUGAUGGGCCUUUCUGAGCGAGACAACCCAUACCGAAGGCGUUUCGAACACUUCGAAUCUCUCUCAAGUGCUGAAGUGGAUGUCGUGAAGAGCUUGCGAGGACAUUGGCUACCUUACCGUCCAUAAUUUUUUGACGACUGCCUCUGGCUCAUUUGGUAAGUGGGCAAUGCCCAGCAAUACGAUUUCGAUGGAUUAUGUCUAGGAUGUAUAAAUGGUG